AUGGACGACUUACUGAGGGAUGGAUGGAUUGCAGAGGAGAAGAAAAUUGCUUCCAUCAAGAGUGGGCUGGAUGCAUCUGCUAUCCCUGCUGCGAAAAAAGCUGAUUUGAGAGGCAAGGAUGAACUUAGGAAGGCAAAGAAGAAAAUGGGUGAGCAAAAUAUACAAAAGGCUGCGAAGUCUGCAAUGGAUACCGCAGAAGCUGGUCUUUCAGGAAAUAAGCUGUUUUGUGUUACUCAUGUCAAUGUGGGUCUUGAUACCUCAGCUGUUCGGGAGGCGGUUAUCAAAGUCAUGGACCAGAGCACUGAAGAGGCAUCAAACAAAGCUGCUAUCUAUGCUGGGAAGAGGGGUGGCGGCAAGAAUGGCAUCGCCCAGGGCCAGGGAAGUGACGAUUCUCAGCUCAAGGAAGCAAUGUCACUUGCCAACAGCAUUGCUUCGGUGAAGCUCUGCUGA